AUGCCGUCCAUCACCACAGCAUCAAGGUGCUUAGACAACCGGCGCCCCCCAGGAUCCCGGGAACAGCGUGAAGCAGAUUAUCUGUGUCUCGCUGUGACAUAUGUGAUCGUGCAUCACGCUGAUGGAUCAACAGUCAAUACCGCAGGCGCCCGCCCCGAGACAGCGGACCAUCUUCUGCACAUCUGUCUUCCUCACCUGGUGGGGGCUGCGCCCUCCUGGGCCUCACAGAGGAGGGACCAGGAAGGAAGGAGGCACCGGGACCCUGGCCUUUUGUCCGAGGACAGCUGGGCUCCGUGGGGGCGAGUUCCCUGGGCCACCGCGCCAGCCGCCCCACUCAUGACCUGCUGGCUCCUGGCUUUGCUGCUGCUCCCCUGGACCGUGCAGCUCGCAGGAGGGCAGAUGGUGGUCCAAACUGGCCCCCCAAUUGUGGUAUCCCUGGCCAAUAAGACCAUUUCAUUUGGCUGCAAAAUUAGCUACAAAUACACCCCAGAAUUCAGGACUUUCAUACUUUACUAUUACAAAGUCUACCAGAGAGAGCCGAGCCCCAAGACACAUAUUCACUGCCAACCUGGCCAGGGCACAGAGAACCAGACCCACACGGUGGAGUGCCCAGUCUCUGUGACGCUGCAGGAUGCAUCAGCUACUGGUACCUACUACUGUACUGUCAACUUCAAGCCAUCACAGACCACGGUGUCUAGCCGCGGCACCUUCAUCUUGGUCCGAGACUCGGGGUACCGAGAGCCCCCACAGAGCUUCCAGAAGCCCCUGCUCUUUGGCUUCACCAUCGUCCUGACCAUUCUGAGCAUUCUGGGCACAGCACUGGUGUUCUGGAAGAAGAACCAGAUGCAGGUGUCCAAGCAGCAGCCGGCCAGCAGCUCCAAGCAGGCUCCAUCCGAAUCCAUCUACACACUCGAGGCUGCCCUGUGGGGUCAGAGCCUGCAGCUGGCGGGCUGCCCUCUCCCCUUCACCUGCCCUGGCAGAGAGCUGCCCGGCUGGUGGGAGUGCCGAGCUGAAAGCAGGAGGCCUGACCUUGGCCCUGCUGCCGAGAGCUGUGCGGCUUUAGGUGGCUCUGGGCCUCGCUGGACGACUAAACCCCCUGAGCUGUUCCCAGGCCCCCUCACCAUCCCUACAUCUGAUGCCCUUGACAUGAGGGUCUCCCAACCUGCCUCCAAGCCCUGCUUGCCUGUUGCCGGGGAAACCGCCUCCUUGGCAACCAGCCGGCAUCCAUAUGACAUGUACACGCGGAAGGAGGUUGGCCAGGUGGUGUACUUGGCCGAGCAGGACACUGUCAGCCUGCAGUUUGUGGGCUCUGCCGGCCCUGGCCGUCUGUGGAUGGCCCUGCAGCACCACGAGACCGAGGUCUACGCCUUCAUCGAGAACGAGACCAGCAGUGACCCCCGCUCGGGGAGCCCUCUGUCCCAGAGCACCUCUUGUUGGGUGUGCCCCACCCACAAGGCAGACUGGAGCCCCCCAGACACCCUGUGGUCGGUGCUGCGACCAAGCGUGGAGGAGGGUCGGCCCCGCCCAGAGCGUGGUCUGGCCCCGCCCACCGCCAGCCCCAGCCUCGCCCACCGCCUGCCCCAGCCCCGCCCAGGCCCCGCCCCACCGCGCCUGCCCGGAGCCCCGUGGACGCCGGCCGGCGACGAGGCGGUGCAUUGUCCCAAAGGCCGAAAAAACAGCAGAGCCGGGAGAUUGCGGGGCAGCCACGUGGCCCGAGAGGAUUUACAACACUCUUUUACACCCUCAAGAGAACUGCAAAAUGCAUGA